UAAGAAAGGUCAGUCAGUCAGUUACCCACACUUCCGGUCACGUCCGAAUGUCAAACUGAGAGCGUGUUACGAAAGGAUCCUGGAGGUCUCUACGUUUUCGAUUCACCUACAUCUUGAGUUUCCCUAAUAUUUCGUAAAUGCCAGAUAUGUCGUCAGAAACAAAACGUGUAGAUCCUCCACAGUGGGAAGAUUCUGUGAGUGCAGAAUCAAAACUGUGGCGAAAAGCAAAAGAAGCACCAUUUGUGCCAAUAGGAAUCCUUGGUCUUCUGGGUGCUGUCACAUACGGAGCAGUGAUGUACAAGAGACGGGGACAGAUGUCCACAUCGGUGUACCUCAUGCAGUUUCGUGUCAUCUCUCAAGGCAUGGUGGUGGGAGCCAUCACGCUAGGCAUUGGAGCAACUGUUGUGCCAGGUCUAUGGAAGAAGUACGUCACAGGGUCCACGAGUGGAGGGAAGAGUUGAUGCCUGAUGAAAUCCAAGGAUUGUUAAAUCAAAAUAUGAUUAUACGGUAGAAAUGAGAGAUACCGCUAAUUUAUUUUGAAGAAUCCAUAUUGAAAUACUAAGGUAUAUCACUAAGGUAUAUCAUAUGAACAAGAAAAGAUGUUUCAUGAGUCUGGAUGAACCAUGCUUUGAUCUACAACAAGUGAAGAGCACCAGCAUCUGCUGGGAAACUCCAGGAGCAUUCUAUGAGUGACAAUUUAAUUAAAUAAACGUAAUUAGGGAAUUCAACCUAAGAAUGAGUCGUAAUGAACCCAGGGAAGUAUGAUGCUGUUCAUGUAUCAGAUAUAUUUUGUUGGUGUUUUUGUUGUGUUUUUCCUUUUGCAUUCUACAUUUGUACAUGUGUGAAAACUCAUAUUGCUGACUAUACAUUGUAUUACAUGGGAACCCGAGUAUUCAUUGUUUCUCUCAUGUUUGUUGUAACUGAGCAACUGCCAAAGACGGAAGGUGGUGCAUUGGAGUCAGGAUAUAUAAGCAGCCAAUCAAUGGCCAUCGGCUCACGUGGCCAGCACGUAUGAACAUAACUGUAACCACAGACUCUUUUGGUACCAAGUAAAGUUUCAACAGGAUCA